CCAAUGAUCUUGUGUAACAUUGUCAUAAAAAAGAUUAAAAAGACGCAGUUUUAAAUUACAGUUGUCUAUCCAUCCAUCUCCGUGCUGUCAGACAUCCCAGUCUAAACGGCUAAAUAGUUUUCCCGAAUCUCUCUCGCCUUCUCUUUUCUUUUCCCUCUUCAGUCGCCUCCCUCCAUCUCCCCAAACAAUCCCUCGGAGUUCCUUUUGCCCCCGGUCCCCUCGAACACGACUAAAAAUUCAUUUUUGUCUGACCUAAAUCAGAGGGUGUCUGCGCCAUGGGGCUUAUUACACAGUGCACAUACACUUGUGUUGUGGAGGAGGAUGGGGUAUUAUUAUCUUGCAGCUACCCACCCUGCUAUAAAAACUAGCGGUGCGACAUCUCCGCAGCGCAGUGCUGCUGCUCGGCCCUCCCCUCCCUUUCCUCUCCCCAGCGCUCCUUUCACACACACACACACACACACACACUCACACAUAGACACACACAACCUGAGUCCCCUGCUUGCUAUCUCGCACUCUUAACACACUCACUCACAGACCCGACAACCUGCACUAACCGGCGGCUUCGCCUUUGGAUUCUUCCUCUUUGGCUUAUUUUUUGCUGCUGUUGAAUAUUUUUAUGAAUGGGAGCUUGAUUGAUUCAAAGACUGAUUGACGGAUAGUCAAAAAGGGGGGAAAUGCUGAGAGGUCACGCAAAGGCCGCCAAAAGUUCACACUAGUCGGGAUUGGACAAAAAAAGAAGAGAGCGGAGGAUGGUCCAUCACAGAGAGGAAGACCGCAUCGGAAUCCCAUUCCCCAAUCACAGCAGCGAUGUCCUGUGCAGCCUCAACGAGCAGCGUCGCAACGGUCUCCUAUGCGACGUGGUCCUCAUCGUGCGCGACCAGGAGUACCGCAGUCAUCGCUCAGUGCUGGCCGCCUGCAGUCACUACUUCAAGAAGCUCUUCACCGUGGCCAACUGCGAGGAUGGACAUCACCACCACCACGCCGCCGCUCCCACACCCUCCGCGGCCAUCUACGAAAUUGACUUUGUGGCCCCGGAAUCGCUCACGGCCAUCCUGGAGUUCGCCUACACCUCCACGCUGACGGUGACGGCGUCCAAUGUCAGUGAGAUCCUGAAUGCGGCGCAAAUGCUGGAGAUCCCCUGCAUCAUUAACGUGUGCCUGGAGAUCAUGGACAGCGGUGGGGGACAAGGUGGAGGCUCUGAAGGGAGGGAGGAAGAAGAAGUAGAAGAUGAGGAAGAAGAAGAGGAGGAAGAGGAAGACGGGUCGAGGAACGAUGAUCAGGAGGACGAUGACGACAGGUCGUCGGAGAGCAGGGGGGAUCAUGCGGGGAUGGACGAGUCGCCGCCGCCCAGCACCUCCACCUACCAGGAGCGGUCGCUUGACAGUGUGCGUGCAAAGCAGGAGAAUCUGGAGAACCGCACCCUGAAGGACUUCUCUAUCGAGUCACUCCUCCAAGAUGGCCUGUACCCUCGCAUGCCCGCUCUGGACAGGAGGGCCAGCUUCUCUCCUCUGCUGCCUGGCUUCUACCCUUCUAUGUGGGCCGCCGACUUCCCGGCAUUUCCCAAGCACUUCCUGGAACCGGCGCUUCAUCAGCACUCUGGCGCGGGCGGCGGCUCCCCGAGGGUGCCCGCCAUCUAUCCGACGCCUGACAACCCCCCACCCGGGCCCCUUGAUCUGGCCGUGAAGCGGGAGAUCAUCAAAGAAGAAAUAAAAGAGGACGUGCUGCCCGGUUUGCUUCACGGCGACUUCCUGAAGGAGUUUGUCAGCUCGGGGCUGUGCAGCGCCACCGGCCCCAUGCCGCCCUCAAGCCACUCCCUGGGAGUAGUCAAGGACGAGGCUGACUUCCGCUCAUACCUGAGCUUCCUGAACUCGGCAUCUCACCUUGGGGCACUCUUUCCACCCUGGCAACUGGAAGAGGAGAGGAAGAUGAAGCCCAAGUCUUCACAGCAGUGUCCCAUCUGCAACAAGAUCAUCCAGGGGGCCGGGAAGCUACCGAGACACAUGAGGACCCACACGGGGGAGAAACCAUACAUGUGCACCAUCUGCGAGGUGCGCUUCACCAGACAGGACAAGCUGAAGAUCCACAUGAGGAAGCAUACGGGCGAACGGCCAUACAUCUGCCUGCACUGCAACUCCAAGUUUGUGCACAACUACGAUCUGAAGAACCACCUCCGCAUCCACACUGGCGUGCGGCCCUACCAGUGCGAGCACUGCUACAAGAGUUUCACACGCUCCGACCACCUGCACCGCCACCUCAAGAGGCAGAGCUGCCGGGUUUCCCGCCCACGCCGAGGCCGCAAGCCGGCCGCUUGGCGGUCUGCACCCACUGCUGGUUACCUGCGCCCGCCCAAUGCCGCUUCAACCGCAGGUGUUUUGGAGGGAACCGGCUUCAAGUCAUACCAGAACGUUGAGGAGAAGGAUGCGGCGGAGCGCCAGCGAGGGGUGUUUGCCUUCGCCUUGGCGGGGGACGACGCGCUGGCCCGCUCACCCUUCUACGCGGCCGCCUCGGACCCCUGGACCGUCAGACUGGAGCGGGCCCCGCCCAUCCCGGAGACUGCCACAUGAACUAACAGUGCAGUAACAGACACAAAGAGAAAUCAGUGAACUUCCUGACUUUUUAGCUUCUAUUUUUAUGGGAAAAUAAAAACACACCACAAUCAUUCACGUCACAAUUGAGAAGCCUUGCGAAUGUUUACAUGCACUUCGGGAGAGGUUGUUGUUAAUGUAAUUACAAAUACCCAUGAGCAGGUCUGCCUCAGGCUCGGGUCCAAAUAUCGCCUUUGGCCAACCUGCUAGGAGUCUAUGUUAUGCCUGUGAUUAGGUUGGGUGGGUUUUCCCACGGUACUAAAGAUUCCUCCUACAUUCCAAAAAUAUUAUUGAAGACUCUAAACUGUCCUUAGGUCUGAAUGUGAGUGUGGAUGGUUGUUUGUCUACGUGCUCAACGAUUGUCUACCCAAAAUUUCAAAAAAAUUAACUGUUGAAAAUUUAAUAAUUAUUGAAGACUCUAAAUAGCCCAUAGGUGUAAAUGUGAUCAUAUUUGUCUCCAGUCUAAGUGACCUGGCAUCAUAGCAUUAUACAAAAUGGAUGCAUGGAUGUUUAAAAUACAAAUGGACACUUUUUAAGCAUUAAAGACAACUGUUGGAACAGUUCUGAUACAUUCCAAGGCUCAAAGGAAAUAUGCAGUGAUGCAUUUUGUUCAGGAAAUCAAAAGUUAUUAAUGACAAAGAUGAAUGUAACAUACUAUUUAUAUAUGAAUCAGGACUAAGGGCAAAAAUGAAAUACACAACAAUUGAAGUGGACUAAAGAACAAGCCUCCUUCCGCUGCACUAUUGUACAUAGCACACAUUCAAACAGGCGAGUAAAGCUUCCAAAGACUUUGAUGCGACACGAAGGAGUCACAAAUCAAUGUUUCGUAAACAAAACGUCAUGUGUCUCCACAAGGAUUCUUAAUCACAUUUAUUUGACUUGAAAUGGGGGAUGAAAAUACUAUUGUGUGCGUGUACGUGCGCGCGCGUGUGUGUAUGUGCUAUUUAUGCAUAUUUAAAUGAAUGAGCCUUGGCUAUAUUUUGCAAAAUGUUUUAUAAAGACAUGACAUGUUGAACCCGG